UUUCUUCUUCUUCUUUUUCUUCUUCCAAAGUGCUGCUGGUCUGUCUGACAGCUCGAUGAGCGCACUGUGGAAGUUUGGCUGACGAGCAGCAUGGGCACCGGGGAUUACAUCUGCGUCACCCUUCGAGGUGGUGCACCCUGGGGAUUCUCCUUAGAAGAAGAACGGGGGGAAACAUACACACCUUUUCUCGUUUCCCAGGUAGAAGAAGGUGGUUGUGCCUUCCUGGCUGGAGUUCGGGAUGGCGAUGAGGUGGUGUCAAUCAAUGGGGAGCCAUGUGCCAACCUUACUCUUUUACAAGCGUCUGCUCUCAUUGACACAUCUAUUGAAUGUCUCCAGUUACUUCUCAAAAGAUACCACUUCAUCUCCCCUGAAGACUGUGAAUCUGAAGACGCAUGCUAUGGUGAGAUGGCCUCUUCAGGCAAGACUUUAGAGACCACCACCCUCCACAUCUUCUCACCAAGGAACAGUUCCCAAACCCCAGGAGAGGUUUUCGUAUCUGUAUCCCCUGGUCGUCAGUUGGAUUUCAAGGAAGAUGAUGAGGUGAUACAGCAGUGCUUCUCCCCUGGGGACAUGGUGGAGCUACAGGUAUCUCUGUCUGAACAAACCUUGGAUGACGUGGGUUGCACUUCUCUUGGGAGUGCUCAUGGGAUAGAAGGAGAACUCUCAAACAGAGAGGCUGUCCAAACAGUUCUUACCACUACCACAUCCCAAUGCAUGCCAUGCCCAGCCAGACAGCCACUCAGCCAGCAUGGAAUGGUGGUCAGCUCCUCCACGAUGUUGGGCCAGGUGGAAGUCUUUUUGCAGCAGCCAGCAGCAUCAGGGGCAGGGAGGGGCCUGAAUGUGGGUGGCCCCAGGGUCAAUGAAAGUGCUGGAUCCCAAAGUGAAGAAGAGGAGGGAGGAGGGCACUGUGAGGGUGCUCCUGGGUCUUUUACCAUCUCAUUUAAAAUUCCGUCAGAAGAGCCGACACCAGGAGAGGAGCAGGACUCUGAUUCUGACGGGGAUCAAGAUAAACCCAACAGGCAUCGAGCAAGACACGCUCGGCUCAGGCGUAACGAGAGUUUAUCUGAGAAACAGGUGAAGGAGGCCAAGUCCAAAUGUAAACGUAUUGCUCUCCUUCUUACGGCUGCACCACCAAACCCGAAUAACAGAGGGGUGUUGAUGUUCAAGAAGCAUCGUCAGAGGGCCAAGAAGUACACGCUUGUGAGCUACGGCACAGGAGAAGACGAACCAGAGUAUAGCAACAGCGAGGACGAGGAUAACAAAGACAAGAAAAAAGAAACACAGGUUGGAGAAUUUACCUUUGCGGCCUCUAUCAAUUCUGAAUCAGACAAGCUUUUGCUCACUGAUGAUCCAAGUUCCAAAGGUGUGCUAACUUCUAACUUGGAGAAGGAUCUCGUUGAAAUUGAAAGGAACUUAAGCAACCAAGCAGAAAUGGAGGGCAAGGGUGCCGCAAUGUUUGCUCAGCGGCGUCAGAGGAUGGAUGAAAUUUCUGCUGAACACGAGGAGCUGAGACGUCAAGGGCUGCCAGUAGAAGGAGUGAAGGCGACUGAAAAAAAGAUUAUGGAGCGCUCAUACAUGCAGUCCACAAUGGAGGGCCAUGCUUACAUGGAUGUAAAUAUGCACCAGCAAAACCAACAGCAAUACCAACAAUAUCAAGAACAACAAUACUAUGGGCAGCAACAGAACUACCAACAACAACAACAAUACCAACAAUAUCAGCAGCAGCAGUAUGAGCAAAGCCAUUUUCAACAACAGCAAAUGUACCAGCAACAGCAGGAAUAUCAUCAAGAGCAACAGCAAAUGCAGCACUAUUCAACAAAUAUCAAUGGUAUGGUCCAACAUCAAGCCAAUGAAAUUCAGAGUUCAUUUAGCAAUCGUACUACAAAACCUUUCACAGCAGAAAACAUAGUGGCAACCCCUUAUUCUUCUGCACUGAGUGGGACCAAUCAAGAAGCUGUGGGUCAAGGAGAGCAAAUAGCUUCCCGCGAUGAGCGCAUUUCUACUCCUGCAAUUAGGACGGGAAUUUUACUGGAUUCAAAGAAAAGAAAUACUGGCAAACCCAUGUUUACAUUUAAAGAGGCCCCCAAAGUAUCACCUAAUCCAGCAUUGCUUAACCUUCUCAACAGGAGUGAUAAAAAGUUGGGUUUUGAAUCAGGACCUGAGGAAGACUAUUUGAGCCUUGGGGCUGAAGCUUGCAAUUUCCUCCAGUCUCAGCGACUUAAACCUAAGAUUCCUCCACCAGUUGCCCCUAAGCCUGUGAUCAACCCCAACUCUCCUCCUUGGUCCCCGCAGAUAGAAGCAGCCAACCAGGACAUGCCUCAAUGUGCCGAAAAUAGUCUAUCUACACCUGCUGUAGCCCCUGCUGCACAGACUGCCCCUGCUCCAGAACUAGAGCCAAGCCCUGCACCUGCCUCUGAGCCUUCUCCCCCUCCUGCUCCCCAUGAGACUGCUGUGAACACCAACACAGCAGAACAGCAUGCAUGGACUCUCCAGGAGCCAGAAUCUCGACAGCAGCCUCUGCAAGUGAUAUCUCAGGAGGCAAAUGUUCAGCUGAACUCUUCUAUGCAGCCUGAGUCUCCCCAUGUGUCUACCUGGGGUGCAGCACAAACACAAGCACAACAACAGGUAUCUUCCAGUUCUUGGCAUCAAGCUCAAUUGCAGCCCCAGCAACCUCUUCCAAGUCAGUCCCCCCCGCAGCCACCAUGGGUUACACAUCAGCCUAAUCAGAACCAAGCACAGCUUCAACCCCUCACAAAUAAUUGGGCACCUCAAAGUCAGCCAUCUUGGACUCAGGAGCAAGCACAAGGCCAAAGACAUGGUCAGCCACCCUGGGCCCAACCUCAAGAACAGCCACAGGUUACAUCACCGUGGGCCCAGCCUCAAGAGCAACCACAGUCUCAGCCACAGGUUCAGUCACCGUGGGCUCAGCCUCAAGAGCAACCACAGUCUCAGCCACAGGUUCAGCCACCGUGGGCUCAGCCUCAAGAGCAACCGCAGUCUCAGCCACAAGUUCAGCCACCGUUUGCCCAGCCACAAGAGCAACCGCAGUCUCAGCCACAAGUUCAGCCACCGUGGGCCCAGCCACAAGAGCAACCGCAAUCUCAAACACAGGUUCAGUCACCGUGGGCCCAUCCUCAAGAGCAGCCACAGGCUCAGACUCAGGUUCAGCCACCGUGGGUGCACUCGAACGAGCAGCAACACCUACAACAAAUACAGCCCAGCUGGGGUCAAUCCCAAGAACCAAUGCAGCCACAAUCACAGAACCAAUGGACACAGCAAUCACAAAUGGAUUCCCAACAGCAACCACCAUGGGUGCAGCAACCUCAGAAUAAAUCCCAAGUGCAACCUCCUUGGAUUCAACAGGGUCAUCCAGAACCACAGCCACAACCACCAUGGGUUCAGCAACCACAGCACCAGGCUGCGCAACAAUCAUGGUCACAGUCCCAAGCACCAGGUCAACCCCAACCACCUUGGCUCUCAACUCAGCCUCAGCAACAACCUAUUGCAAAUGCAUGGGCCCCCCCACAAACUCAAGCCCAAGCUCAACCACCCUGGGUUCAUGCUGCACAACCGCAACCACAAGUACAACCUCAAACUAAUCUGAAUCCUUGGGCACCAGUGCCUGUCCAGGCUCAGUCCCAGCCUUCAUGGCCUCAGCCUCCUCAAGAGCCUAGUCAGCACCACAUAAGCUCUUGGGCCCAGGAGCAAAAUCAGGCCCAACCUCAGCCACCUUGGGCUCAGUCAGUUCCACCCCAGCCCUCACCACAGGCAAACUGGCAACAGCCCACUUCAAACACUCCACCACAAGCACAAAUGAAUACAUGGGCUCCAGCUCAGGAGCAGCCCCAGACACCUGCCAAUACUUGGACACCUCAAUCACAGCAAACAUCUGUGAAUGUUUCCAUGUCUACAGUCAACACCCGUCCAUCUCCUAAACCUUGGCAACCACAACAAACUGCUUCACAAAACCAGAUCCCUCCACCUCCACCACGGCGAAUGCACUCUUUUACUGUUGAUCAAAGAGCUUCUUCACCUAUCAACCCAAUGGCCACUGUCCUAAAUCCUAAAUCCUCUCCAGGUCCAGCUUAUGAGAUGCCAAUAGUCAGAGGGAAAGGAGCCGACAUGUUUGCCAAGAGGCAGUCUCGUAUGGAGAAGUUUGUUGUGGACUCUGAGACAGUGGAGGCAAACAAGGCAAGCCGGUCAACAUCGCCAGCUGCUUCCUUACCGACUGAAUGGAAAUAUACUCCCAAUGUACGUGCUCCACCUCCACGGGCAUAUAAUCCUAUUCAGUCUCCAUCUUAUCCCCCAGCAGCAUCAAAGCAGCCCGUUCCAAGUAGUCCUUCAAUCAAAGCAAAGAAAAAAGACCAAGAGAAACAGAAGCCAGCACCUAAACCUCUCAAUGUUAUAGAUGUCAUGAAACAUCAACCCUAUCAACUAGAUUCCUCCCUCUUUAUCUUUGGUCCAGGAGCAGAGGCUGUCAAGCCCCCUGCACCAAAGCCCAGCAGUUCACCACCUAAUCCACCAACUAAUAAUCAACCAAUUAGAUAUGAACAAAUGGCCCCUGUCCAGCAAACAGGACCUUUUGGUCCCCCAUAUCCUCAGCAAGCCUAUGGGAUGCCUAUGCAGCCUGUAAUGCAUGACAGCCACUAUCAGCAAAGUCAAGCUAAUGUUUAUUCUUACCAGCAGCCUCCUGGUGGUCCAUACCAGCAGGAAUAUAACCAACAGUAUCAUCAGCCUGCCCCACCAGCUUAUCAUCCCCAAGCCCCUCAGCCUUUAAACCCCCCCUACCAACAGGUAAUGCAGGCUGCUUACCAGCCGGCCAAUAGCCCUCCCUAUCUGGCAACUCCCUCUGUACCUUUUGAGCCUCGGCCUACCAGUAGCUACAUUGCUCCUAGUUUCCCUGUGGCUGCUAGACCUGAAUCUACAUCUGGUGGCAACUCUGUAGCUGCUCCAAAGCCAAAGUUUACAGCUAAUAAGAGCUCAGCUCAGGUGUGGAAACCUGCUGCAGCUGAAAAAGAAUGAUUCUCAUAGAAUCAUGGCAGGCUUCUUGCUUAAUGAGAUUAAUGGGUUUGUGCUCUUGCAAUACACUACCAAAUGAAAAAUUUUGGGCACAUACUGUAAACUUGCCUUUGUAAUGAUAAUCUUAACCCCACCCACUCUGAUUAUUAGAGUGUGUCAUAGAGCAGAGCUUGAAAUUUGACAAGGUUUGAGAACUAAAUUGAAAGGCAGCACAAAUAAAACAGGUCUAAGAGUUGGAUAUAAGUCAGAUCCAUAGUCUAAAGGACUACUGUUUUUGUAUAACUAAAUGUGAAAAACUUGUGAUUUACAUAGAAAAUAAUGCCAAAUUUAUGCAAUCUUAUGUAAAAGAAAAAGAGUGACAGUAUAAGAAUGUAGGGAAGCUUUAUGGUCAAUAUGAAACAAAAGAAAAGUUUAGAGAAAAAGAGAAAUCAGAGUGAACGGUUUUAGAUGCUGAAAGAUGCUGAAAGUUUAUUUCUAUUAACAAGGAAAUGCUAAAUGUUCCGAAUUUUAUUACAAACAAAAAUAAAAAUCAAAGUGAGAGAAGGGUGGGGUUUGUGGGGUGAAAUGAUACGGUUUGCAACGUCAGGGAUGUUGAGUACAGACAUUAUGCAACAACUCUGGAGUUUCAAGCCAUUUUUAGAUUAAAUUAUUUUUGAUUUUACUACUUUACAUAAUAUAACACAGCUCUUCUUUGUUAACAAAGGCUUGCUUAAACAUAAAAUGUUUGAUUAUGAAUUAGAUUUUCUUUUCUGUGGUUUUCUCCAGUGUCUUUUCCAUAGCACCAACCUAAGUGGGUUAGUUUUAUUUUAGGCUUUUCCACCAGCUGUUGCAUCAUGUUAGAUACUAUAUUUAAACUGCCUCAUGAAAGGUCCAGUUCUGAUGUCCACAGAGCAGGCUUGGAUUACAACUUAAGCCAGUAAAAGUUACUCUCUUUCAGACCUUUGUAGUAUUUUUUUUUUUUCAUCUGUUUUGUUUUAUAUAAAAGUGCACAUCAUAAAUGAUACACAAAGAAGAAUGUUUGAAAGAGUAAGCAGAGGUAAUGUCACAAAUGUAUUUUUGGUACAGGACUGCUUUUUUCUUUCAUGUUUUUUUCUUUUUCUUUUGUCUUGCUGUGUUUUUUUCUGUAUGAUUCACUGUAGUGCCAUUAAACUGUCUUCUAUCCUUG